AUGAAGAUCAUUGACACAGUGGUAUUUGCGUUUCAUCCCUUUUUGGUUGCUGGAUAUGAUAUAGACUUUCUGAGUGUGAGUCUUCUGGAAAAGGAUAAUUCCACAACUUGCCAAGAUAAAUCAAAUGGAAAUAAAAUAUUCAUCACGUGAUUGAAUAGGCCACCUUAUAUCUAUAACGAUAGAGAUUCAGCAACUGAACGGAAUCAUUCAAGAGGAGUUCAGCCGGGAGGGGAGGAGGAAAAGCCAGCCUUUGCGAAUGAAACCAAACUUAAAGGUAUAGUGUAUGAACUUUUCAACAAAGGAUUGAAAAUAUGCUGGGUAAUAGAAGACCCAGAAAGUAUGAUAUACAACACAAACGCCACCGAAGAUCUGCAACAAUUAGAUCAAACUAUCGUGAAGAAAAAAGCUGACACUGCUAUGCCAAUGCAAAGCAACGAGGGAGGCAAAUACAGCGGCUAUGAGUACGUACAGGUCACGAAGUCGCCAAGUUUUGCUUUUAUCCUGAAUAGAGAACAACUGAAGUAGCAUUCACAGGACUUAGUUGUGGGUGCUAUGCAAGAUACAUGGCCUGUUGUCGUGAUAGUGCUGCUGAUGACAGGCUUAGCGAGUCUGUUUGUUUGAGCAUUGAUCGGUACAUAUUAAAAAAUGUUUUGUAAUAUAGUUUAUUUAACUUUUAAAGCUUCUUAAUGGCUGCUAUUUUACGUUGAAGAUAGACUGACUGUUUAAAGAUAGGUUGACCAUCUUAACCAAAAGAGGACGACAGAAGUUCUUAGGUUUGUUUCACAACUAAAGCUUUUUCUGUAUGUCAGAAAUUUUGCCUGGUGAACAACCAGGGACUGGUAACAUAAAACGUCAUUUUAAACAUAAAUAUUGCCAGCUUCUCAGAAGCUGUUUCAGGGUAAGCCACGAUUAACGCUGUCGCUAUCAAUAAUUUGGAAUGUUUACUCUUAGAUGUGAAUUCAAUGUGUUCAUUGUCAUAGAAAUAUUUACGAAUUGCCUCCGAAUUAGUAGAGUGUUUUGAGGGAAACUGUUAACCUCUGAAAACUUAAACGUUACUGUGUUCACUAUAUUGUCGCUCCCAUCACCUGCAUUCCUUUUACUUCUGUCAAAUUUGUUUAUGGGUGACAGUGUCCGAGAGAAAUUAAUAAUGCAAAUUAGAAGCGCCCUUCGGGCACAGAAAUUCUUAAAGAAAUACUGAGGAAUAUUUAUAGAAAUUAAAUAUCCUUGAGAUCGAGCAAGUAGUCUUCUAUUGCCUUGAGACCAUAGAGAAAUCCAAAUUCUAGGAAAUUUCGAUGUUUCUGCUUCAAACAAAAAAGAGUUAUUAGUCCAGUCUUUUUUUAAUGAUCAGAACGAUUAGCAAAACGUGAUGAGGAAAAAGAAAUUAAGCGAUAUUGCUAGUACCGAUGAACACUUUACAGAAAAAAAAGAUCAAUUUACAGAAAAAAAGUCAAUUUGCAUACUGACUCAAAUCGCAAACGAUUAUAAAAGAAACAAAACCUACGUUUUGCGAAAUCUCACAGAAGUUAAUGCUACUGAUCGCACUGCUUAUUUUAAAUAGUCGAACUGGCCGUCUGCGAUAAAAAAUAAUCGCACCUAACGAUUCCAGAGGUCCUGUGAGGCUUAUCAUUUUUUAAUGAUCAGAACGAUUAGCAAAACGCGAUGAGGAAAAAGAAAUUAUGCGAGAAAAUCACCUCAAUGAAAACUGAAUAGGAGUUUCAAUAAUUAAAUAUUUCCUUUACUUGUGAGACUUUUUGACGUAUUACUCGAUUUUAUUCAAAUUGUAGGAUCAGAAGAGAAGUGAGGCCAAUUCUGUAAAAUAUCAUCAUGCUGCUUGGGACGUAAAACAAGUGAUUCACGGGGGGGGGGGGGGGGCCUAUGGAGCACCUGUCUGAAUUUGGUCAUGACACAUGUGUCCUGUGAGUGGGCCAAAAAGAUUUGAAAGAAACUAUUUAGCCAUAUUCAUGAUUUACAAAAUUGGAAAUGCCCUGAACUUUAUACUUAAUCCAGCUGUAUUUAUCUUUUCUAACCAAUAUAAGUUACAUUAGGGUCCUUUUUACUCACGAAUUUGUAACUUUUGUCUUUUCGAAAGGACGCUAUCGGGAAUCAUUUCCCGUGCUCUUUUGUGCAAGGAGUAAUGGAGGGAAUUUGGUGGUCUAUUGUGAACAUGUCUGCAGUAGGGUACGAUAUACUGGAUGAUAGAACAGACAGAAUCCCUUAGCUCUUUGCUUACCGUUUUUAUCGAUUGUUUUCAUCAAUCACCUCAAAUUCAUUCCCUUUCUCCGAAUGAUUCACUUUGUUUCACAUUCAUAAUCGUCAGCAGGUGCUCACUUAAAACGGAUUUAAUUUUUACUCCUUAUCAUACAUUUCACUUGGUUUCACCCAGGCAGGUACGGUAACACGAUUCCCAAGUCCUAUUUGGCUCGUUUGUUUGGUAUCCUGUGGAUUCUAAUCGGCCUUGUCCUAUGCUCGUUCUUCACGGCCACUUUUACGAGGGUCCUGACGUUAUCAUCCAUCAAAGAGAAUAUUCACUUGGACUUAAGGUAUGUAUUUUACCAAGGCAAGUUAAAAUUAUAUUCUACAUAUUUUGGAUAAAUAUUUUACCUUUUAAACGCUAUUAGAUGUUACAAGUGUCAAAACAAUACAGUGGCCAACGAAAAUUCAAAGAAAAUUGAUCGGUCUACUGACAUCAUCACCAGGUUUAAGUCUUGAUAGUCUUGGGCGAGUACUAAGAUCUAGAUCUCAUAACCAAUUCCAUUAAGAUCCUCGAUUAAUUACGAGUAAUUUCAAAACUCCUCUACGCUACAAUGUAACAGUUUAAAUUCAUUUUCAUUCUGACACAGGUUGCAGUUCUUGCAGACUGUCACGCCUAUGAUGAGGUUCUGAAACAUACUGCAGAUGUUAAUGGUAACUCACGAUGCGUGAUACAGAGUAUUUGCCGCUUUUGUCAUACUCUCAACGGGCCGUUGACACCUUGGUGGUUGAUCACGUACUGAUGUUCAAGGCAUGAUUGCCAAUAAUUUCCUCUUUUAAUUUCUUGAGGAAGUUUCUGACUUCCCUCAGUUUUUUGACAAACAUUUCAAUGAAAUUUUUCCUUUGCUGAUGCUGAUAAAAAACUUGAUCACGCGCUGAAAAGCUGGAUAAAAACCUAUGAUGGCAAAGAUGCCACCACAACAACAAAAAAACCUUGAUCUUGUAUGUUUAAUUGUUUCAGCAACAAAAUACUGAUACUCGAAUAUGAGUGGUUCUCAACAGCUCUUAUGUGUGGCUUUCAGCAUGCUCAUUGUCUGGGAACACGUCAAUUAAUCCCAAACAGUGUAGAAAGUUGAAAUUGAGUGCAAAAAGUUGAAAUGGAGCACAGAAAGUUGAAAUUCAAAAAUUGGUUGACGUCGCGAAAGCCGAACAAAACAAAAUGGUGGACAGGUUACGAGAAGAAAAAGUCUUAAUUCAUAGUUUGAGGGAGAACUAGAAAAACAUAAACACAAAGCACAAAGCACAAAGAACUGGCAAAAGCCUGAAAGUCUUGGUCAUUGAAAAGCAUGAAUCAGUGGCCUUGAACAAACUUUUUCAGGGAGUUUUAGGCGACAGUUCGUAAGAAAGACGGGAAAGAUAACUAGCUUAUUGCGUUUUGUGUACUGGUAACUUCUGUCGGCCCAUACCUAGCAGGGAAAGUAAAAACACCCGGUUAUUCGUGACGGAGAGUUGAGAAGCUCCAACCAAAUUCUAAGGGGGGGGGGGGAAGUCUGACUACUCUUGCAAAAAAGCAAAGGGAAGCGCGCGAACCAGUGAGUCAUGACACGAAAAAAAGUAAAAAAGUAAAGAGGAAGACAGAGCCAUUGUUUAUUGUUAACAAGUAAUAACAUUAUUUUUCUCGUGUAAUUUGGGAUAAAUCAGCACGCGCAAAUUUUUCAAAGACUAUAAAUUGCACUUGCCCUAUGGGCUCGGCAAUUUGUUAAGCAUUUGAAAAAUUUAUUCGCAAUGACUUAUCCCAAAUUGCACUCGAAAUAAUGUGAUUACCUAUAUACAAAGAGUAAUUCAACACUUUAAGCCAUUAGUCAAUAAAACUCAAUACAAAAACAAAAAUGAAGUAAAUAAAGUUAAGAAAACGUCUUGAGUGAACACUGCAUGGAUAAUUUGAACAAUAUUUAGACUUUGAACGUUGAACUUUAGCUAAAUAUGUAUCAAUAAGAGGCAUAUGCACUCUUUUAUUGAAUUUCUCAUUCCUGAUAUUCUCGCAUUUUAUUACCGACACAAUUAACUGGUAAUCGGAUUUCGUGUCGUACAAUUCAGCGUUAAUGAUCGUGACGGUAAUUUCAAAUCAUUCGCCCGAUUACUCCAAGACUCGAACGCCACUCAGUCCUAUUACUAUUACUUAUCUAGAUGCUAAUUAUCUUCUGUCAAUUGUAUAGAUUAUACUGACUUCUACCAAAUGUACAAGGCAUUCAUGGAAAAGAGAGAAGUGGAAGGAAUUUGGCGGACAUAUACAUUGCCUCAUACUUCAUGCACAACAUUGGUGACUCUCGGAGGGUAG